CUAUUAACCAAUGAAAUAGCGCGUCCCUUGGCAACGUUGUUUUCUCUCUAAGAAGCUAGUUUUUCUUGACAUGAUGGGAUCAUAUUUCAAGGCAAAAUAAAUAAUUCUAGUGUUUUUAAACAAUCUGUUCGUUUGUCAGGAUGACUGACGUUAUGCAAGGCAUAUUGGCGGAAGCCAAGAAAAACAAAUAUUCGACAAUACGUGAUAAUUUGUCAGAAGAUGAUGUUGCUGCUGUUUGGGAAAGUGUCUCCAGCUUUGUUGAGAAACAGAUGGGCCAGCAAAAGGGUGUCCAAAUUCAGUCCCUGGGAACUUUUACUUUCACCCAGAAGAAACUCGAUAUUGGAAACAACAAAUUCUUACUGAUACAACGUCCAGUGUUCAACAUCUCAGAGAAGCUUGCUCAAUCCCAGGGUCUCCAGUAUGUGAAACACCAUGUCCCAGGUCAGAUACCGGUUGUUCAGUUGAACUAUGCUGCUAUGUCAUUUGAAAGCCCAUAUGACCGUGACACAGUGGAGAGUUGUGUACGCGAGAUCCUCGGGGCUGUUCAGAGAGCCAUAGGGGCAAAGAGAAAUGUGGAGCUCUCAUUUAGUGGUAUCGGCAAGCUGGCCAUCCGAGACUCCCGAGUCAAGAUGAAGUUCUAUAAGGAUUUUAUAAACCAGAUGGAUGGAUCAGGAAAACUGCUGGAUUCCAUGCAAAAUCGUCCGGGAACCGUGGACUCGGUGAUGUCUGAUCGGUGCCUGUCUCGGGCCCAGAGUUCCAACACACUCAUACUGCCCAGAAAGAGUUACAACAAAGGGAUAUCAAACACCAAUGUUGCUCAUGUAAAUGGUGGAUUACCUCCCCUCGAAGAGGCGGCUGAGGUCCAGGACAGUGGCGUCCCCAUGGACUAUGACAACGGCAUGGGAGAACAGGAAGCGAACCAACCACCAGUCAACUAUAUGAGCAACCCAGACGGCAUGGAUGGGCCUGGUAUCGAUGAUAUGGCCACGGAUGCCGCUGUCAGGCAUAUCGAGAUGGGUGCUGAGGACGUGGCCCAGGCUGGCCCCUCUUAUAUGGACGCUGAUACCAGACCUGCUUUGUCUUACCGUUUCCUGCCUGAUCUGGCCGACCUCCCAGACUAUCCCUUAAAGCGGGCCUCGAUACCGCCUAGUCGUGCGGGCUCGCGGAUGGCAGCUCCAAUGGCGAUGGCUACGGGUGUCAGUCUCCUUGAUGACCUAGUACCCUCUGCCCAUACACCCAAGUCGGCGCCCAGCAUUGCCAGUCAGCAACCAAGCCCACCUCCCGGAGACAUGCUUUACAAGCCCCAGCCCCCUGCCCAGCUCGCCCCACUUCAUCGCAGCGUGAGUUUCGACCAGAUGAAGCCCGGAGAACGGGUAGUGUCUCCCGCGGGCUCCAUGUGUGGGCACAGCAACGCCGGGCAGGAGCUGUGUUACCUGUGUCACCAGAGGGCGCGGCGUAAUGUGCCCGUCUCGUUCACGGAGGAGCGUAGACGAAGGGAGGAGGAGGAAGACAGGCUGUUACAGCAGUACCAGUAUAUGAAGGAUGCAGAGAAUGUCCUCUCUGACCAGGAGAUGCAGAUGGCUAAGCGUAACAACCUCCAACGUAUGGCAGCCUUUAACCUCGGUGUGUCCGAGGCCGUACACCACAAGAAGAGGGACAGAGACACUGCAUUCCAUAAGAACAGCUAUGUGAAAUCGUAUAUAUUUCAACGGAGACCACUUACCCCACCACGUAUCAUCAAGCAGACCGAGUAUUCCGGCGAUCUAGCGAAACAGGUUGACCACAAGGAGUCAGUACGUGUGAAGAAACAGACAGAUGAGGACUUCCUCGAGAGGCUCGAGCAGGUCCAGCUCGCGGAAGAUCUGGCGAUCCAGCGGGAACAGUUCUUGAAGGAGAAAGCUGAUGAACAGGAGAGAUAUAAGAAUGCCCUUGAAACACAGUUACGAUUCAAGCCGCUACAGGUGCCCGCUCGGGAGCCUGACAAGGAGGUGUUUGGGAAAAACGACAUGACAAAUGAGAAGAUGGCUGAACGGAGACGUCGCGCUUUCGAGCUCUUCCAGGAGCAGCAGGACCUCGUAGCCCAGCGGAAACGGGAGGCCAUAUUGAAACGCCUCGCGGAGCAGAAAGAGGAAGAACAGGUCCUAGACCGAACCAAGGAGGAGAUGGUAGAUGAUCGAGCCAAUAAGUUCUCAAGACGUCUCAACCUGCGUAAGCGAUUGGAACAGGACUGGACGCGUGCCUCGCUCGUCAAGCGGGAUCGCCUUGAGGAGGACAAAGUACGUGCCCUCAGUCCUGGCAUGUUGCUGCACGAACAGUGUGAUAAGUACAACAGGUGCGCGCAGUGUAAACGCCAGACGAAAAAUUGUGGCGAGUCCAACCUGUGGAGCGAGUCUCGUUACAUUCCCGGAUCACGGCUUAUGGUGUAAUACAUUGCGUAGUUCCUAUAUACAGUAAUAUAUUUAUGUUAUUUGUUGAUCUGUACAAAUCAAUAUAUGAGAAUCAGUAUUUUUUAUUGUUUAAAUAUAAAAUUCUUUGCAUAAUAAGAAUCAAUAAACUAUUUUUGGGUAACUAUGUUUGAUUUUUCUUACUGAUUAAAAAUAUUGAAUCAGUCUCCUUUAUAUCCUCAAACCUUUCCUUUAUAUAACUUUUAUCGAACAAUAAUUGCCGUCAAAACACAAAGACGUCAUCUGACAAUAUGGAAUUCACCGUUUCAGUUUAUUGUAUUGAUGUGCUAAAUUUACUAUAGACUUUGUUUUCAUGGUAACCGUGUGUUCGAGAGAUGCAUUAUAUGUUCAUUUUGUGAAAAAUAUAUUGGUUCAAGUAACACAUAUAUGUGUUUUAUUUAUAACCCAAAAAAGAUACAUGUAUGUACAUACAAUAACAAGUCAACAUGUCAGUCAUUAUUAUGAAGCAGUGUUCACUGAUUGCACUGUUUUAUGUAAAUUUAUGUGAUCACCCAAGUGCACAAUUCGUGGGCUUAGCGCAGGACGAACAUAAUUCUUCUUAUAAUUACAUUGAGAUAUGUCUGUCUUGCACCAAGCCCUCGAUUAAUGUUAAUUCUGCUCAUUUGUUAUUCACUCCCUGUUGUUUUAAACAACUCCUUUCUUUAUAGUAUAGCUGUGAUAAAACUUCCCCUUAGAAUUUUCUAAGGGUAGUUUGAACUGAAGGGGGGAGGAGGGGAGAGGUGUCCCUUGCCGUUUUAUAUGAUUUUGUUAAGCUUUUGAAGGGAAAUCCGCACAGACACACUACAUUGACAUGGAGAAUACUGUUUUUAAGACAUGUUAUAAAUCUGUAGUCGGCUAUAUUGAUUUAUCAGGGUUUUUCUUAAAAAAACGCCAGGGCCUCCCUGAACAUAUAUAUUAAUUGUUUGCAGUGGCCAAGCAAUCUCAGUGCCUGCUUUGGGUUUAAUAGAUUGCUAGAAAAUUAUGUGUCUGUGUAGACUGUAUUUUUUUACUUUAUGGCUUUAAACUAUGUGGCCAUUUACUUAUCCACUCGCGUAUCUUAUAAUCAAAUUUUCAAAUUGAUAUUUCUGCUAAAUAAGAAUACUAAUAGCAUUGAUUGAUCACUUGGGUAAUGAUUUUGCAAGUACAACUUUCAAUUUAUUUAGUGAUUAUCGCUUUAACUAAUAUUCUUGAUCUAAUGAUAACAUCUUGUUGUCUUUGAUAAUAAGGUUCUUCUAUGUAUAUAUAUUUUUUGUGAAACCUAGGUUUAGUAGCUGCUUUCCUUUUAUUCAAAAUUUUAAUUUUUCCCUAGCAUUUAGAUACUCUCUUUGAUCAUUGCAUUUUAGCUGUCUUAAGAACCUGCUUUUUUCCCAAAGCUAAUAUUUCAAACAAAUAAAUUACCAAUUACAAAUAUAUGAGAUUUCAUAAUAAAAAAACCCCACUCUUACUCACUUGAAUCCUGAUUGUGAGGACCAAAAAGGAGGGAUGAAAUGAUAAGAGAGUAUUUUUUUCAUAAAUUAAUUGAUUACCUCAAAAAAUGGCAAUAAUUAAUUAUUAAGUUAUUCACACCCAUUUAUAGGCUAAAUAUUCCUGGUGCGUGGAAGGGUCUGGAAUGUCAUUUUAUAAUAAAUUUAGAUAAAUUUAUCGAACAUCUUCUAUGACAGUUGUAGAACUAAAAUCGAUGUUUUAUCCUCUCCGAUUAUUUUCGACUAUCGAUUUUUGUCUUUGUCCGAUUUUCAAUGUAGAAACAGAAUAGUAAACCCUUGCAGUAUUUUUGUUGUCUGUGAUAUUAACCCUAAAAUAGUUGAUGCAUUUUUCCAUUGCUUUUACACUCUAGAUAUUUUAUUUAUAUUGUUACUGUUUCAAUAAUGUUCGUGAUAAUAUCGAUAACCCAUUGCUAUAUUAUAAUACAUUGCUAUCUUAACUCAUUUGGAGUUAAUAAUAUAAACAAAUUAUGUCCAAUAUUUCUCAAUGUUUUUCAUUACAACACUAAGGGCCGCCCGAUUGUUCAGAAGCUAAAUUCAAAAGAUGAAAUUAAAGAUUAUUAAAGUUAAAAACAUGAGUUACAACAUCGUUGUUAACUUUUAAACGUAAAAUAUUUGAUAAUGUGCUCAUAUAUUUAAACAAAACAAGCACAGCUCUUUCAGUUGUCUCCAAGAUUGUUAAAGUUAGCAACAUGAUUUAUGACACCGUUGUUAACUUUUUACUCUAAAUAUUAGAUGAUGCACUUAUAUAUUUAAACAAAACAAGCACAGCUCUUUCAGUUGUCUCCAAGAUUGUUAAAGUUAACAACAUGAUUUAUGACACCGUUGUUAACUUUUUACUCUAAAUAUUAGAUGAUGCACUCAUAUAUUUAAACAAAACAAGCACAGCUAUAACAGUUGUCUCAAAUCUUGUCCGAAAUACUGAAUAGCACUAGUGCAUCCAUUAAACUUUCAGAGCAGCAAAGAUUUAAAAGUUAACAUUGAUGAUAUUCAUUUUAACAACAUUCUGAACAAUCUGCCCUUAAUAAUGAUAAAAUAGGUCAUUCCCAAUAUUUCUCAUUGUUUUUCGUGACAAUACUUUACAAUGAGAAAAUCAUGUUCAAUGUUUCCAGUUGUAUUUUGUUACAAGACUUUAUAAUGAGAAAAAAAAACAAUUUAAUUUCCAAGCCAUAAUUUCUGUUGUCAUUAGCUACAUGAUUAUAUAAUAAUGAAAAAAAAAUCAUUUUCAAUGUAGCUCGUUUUUAUUUCAAGACUUUAAUGAGAAAAUAAUAAUCCCCCAUGUUUCUUGUUUGUCUUUUAGCAAAAUGAUUAUAUAAUAAUGAGAAAAAAAAUCAUUUUCGAUAUAUAUCUAUUGUUUUGUUAAAAGUGAUUUUGUAUUAUUCUGUACUGACAUUAUAAUUCUUUGUUAUGAGAUAAAAAACAAUCCCAAUGUUACCCUUUGUCUUUAGCUUCAAGAUUAUGUGAUAAUGAAAAAAAAUAUCAUUUUCGAUGUAUCUCCUGUUUUGUUAAAAGUGAUUUUGUAUGAUCAUGUACUUAGUUACUGCCAUUAACAUUGUGAUAGUAUGAGUGAGGUUUGAAAUUAUUGGGUUAUGAAUGUCAAAACCAAUCGUUUUGGUGACUGAGAAAAUAUUCAGUUGUUUUGUGCUAGAAAAACACAUGUUAUUAUGGUUAUAUUGUUACUAGAAGUUUAAUUGUCAUGUAUGCAUCAUAAUAAACUUUUGAAGUCUG